CUCACUUUCCUUCUCUCUCUUGAGCUCUGGUUGUGUGUGUCGACUCGAUUGAUUAUUCUUUCUAUCCAUUCACCGAUAAAGGCAAAAACGAUUGAUGGGUACCCGCUAUUUGUCAAGGUUCAGUCACAAUUUCGAUUCAGGGAAGAUAUUUUGUGUAUCUGUAACAGAUGGGUUGCUGUUCUCCCUCCUUUCUUCAAUCAAUUUCUCUCUAUGUUGCUCUUUCGUAGUUGGGUUUUGCUAAUUCAAACUACGUUGCACAAGAGCAGCUGAAGCCCUUGACGUGCGCACAUGGGAUUGGGAUACAGCAGCGAUGGAAUCACAAUUGGCUCUGAUGGAUCAGUCCUUUAACUCUCGUUACUCAUCUUUGGUUCGAGAAGCUCUCGAUGACCUACCCGAUAGUUUCACCAUUACUGAUCCUUGUAUUUCAGGCCACCCGAUCGUCUUUGCCAGCAGGGAGUUCUUAAAAAUAUCUCAUUACUCUAAAGAUGAGGUGAUUGGGAGGAAUGCGAGGAUGUUUCAGGGCCCUGAAACCAAUCGAAAAUCGGUAAUGGAGAUUCGAGAGGCCAUUCGUGAGGAGAGGACUAUUCAGUUGAGUCUAUUGAACUAUCGGAAAGACGGGACCCCCUUUUGGAUGUUAUUUCAUUUGAGUCCUGUUUUCAGUAUGGAGGAUGGCAGGGUCAUUCACUUUGUCGCUGUUCAGUUGCCCAUAGCAAGGAAAUCGAAGGGUUUUACAUCUGGGUUUGGCAGGAAUGAUUGUAAUUUUGGUGAAGCUGGUUCUAGAUUGCCAGAGAUCGUAUUUGGAUCUUGCAGAAAGGAGGUGUGCAUGGAUUCAGUGAAGCAGUCAGUGCCUCUUUGGACGCGGGGUUCCUUCCAGAAUUUGGAUAAUAGAGGAUUGGAGGUUGAAGAGUCAUGUGAGGCAAGUGCUCUGGAGAAACAGAAAGCUGCUACGUCAAUUAACAACAUCUUAUCUGUGCUAACUCACUAUAGCGAGCUAGCUGGCAAACUGGUCUGUGGGAAGAGUUGCAACUUAUCCGGGACAAAUUCUCUUGGUUCAUCCUUAAUUGUAUCUCUUGGUAGAAUCAAACAGAGCUUUGUAUUAACCGACCCCCAGUCACCUGACAUGCCCAUUGUAUAUGCAAAUGAUGCAUUUUUGAAAUUGACAGGCUAUGCCAGACAUGAAGUGUUGGGGAAGAAUUGUAGAUUUUUAAAUGGGCCUGAUACAGAUGCCAAGGUUAUCUGCCAGAUAAGAGAAAGCAUUCAAACUGAGCAAGCCUGUACAGUAUGUAUCUUGAAUUACAGGAAGGAUGAAAGUUCAUUCUGGAACCAUCUUCAUAUUUCUCCAGUUCGGAAUGCUUCUGGAAAGAUAGCAUUUUAUGUUGGGGUGCAGAUAGAAGAAGGCUGUAAGAAUGGGUGGGGCCGAGGGUUGCGCCCAGAGAUGAGGCAGCUUGGUGUCGUGGGUGCAGUCAAGGUUGCGGUAAGGAGCUUAUCAAUGGGAGCUGGGCCUUCCAAGUCAUAGUGAUGACCUCUCUGUUCUUUGGUGGUGUAGGUUACAGGAAUUCUUUAUUUUUCACUAUUGUGAUUGAUGCAGAUUAGAACCAUUUGUAAUCAAAUCUAGUCUAGAUGCACCAGACAAGGCCAUCCAUCCCUGAGCCCCCUGAGGAUAAGGAGGAAAUAUGUAAUAUGUUGUAAACUCAAAUAGCUUAUAUAUAUAGACUAGUUCUCAAU